CAUUUGAACAUUCAAAAUCAGGAAGGAAACAAAAACGUUUCGAGACAUUUUUUUUAAUUUUAUAUUCUGUGUUCAUAGUGAUACAGUAGGUAACCAAAAAGCCAGUAGCUCUGUUUACUUGCAAUGUCCGGCCGUGAUGGUGGCGGAGGCGGCGGCGUCAGAGAGCAGGGUUCAGCAUCUCCGGCGUAUAAACCAUCAAAAUUCGCAGUUUAUCAAAACCCAGCUUUGUCAGCUGCACUAACCGCUAAUAGCCUCCAGCCCUCAAAUUCAACCUUUGUCUUUAUCCUCUCUCUCACUUCCGCCUCUGCUUUAGCUUUUCUCUCUAUCAUCUCCAGGGAAAAUGGACUGACUGAAACAGUGGGAUUCAUGAAUUUACCACAAGAAGCAGCAAAUAUAUUUUCCAAGGCAGUGCAAAUUUUUGUAGGGUUAGUUUUUGUUGGAUCUUUAAUUGCCCUCUUCAAAGCCAUCUCUUUGCAUAGAGGAAAAGAUGCAGCUGGUGUUCCAAUGAAGUCCCUCUCUAAAGAAACCAAGGAUAAAUCACCUUUAACAACCCAUCAAAUGGGACUUUUAGGAAUGAAACCAAAAAUUGAACCAGUUGUAACUGAAUCUCCAAAGAAACCUCCCAAAUCCAAACCUGUAAUGUCUUCUUCCGAUAUCCUUGUUCCAAUUCAUCAAUCAAUUGCCAGCUCCAAUAGAAAGUCCCGAGUUGGGUCCGAUAAAUCAAUUUCUGGCACCGGAAAUAAGAUGACCUCUUUCAACACUCCGUCCAAAUCACAGAGUUCUCCAUCUUCUUUAUACCUUGUUCCUGGGGUAAGUUCACCUUUAACUUCUGCUCAUUCCUCUCCUGGUUCAGCAAUCUCAACUCCUUGGUCCAGUAAACGAGCCUCCUCUACUAAAGAGAUACAAACAGAAGCGCAGCUUGAGCAGUUCUUAGCAGAUGUGGAUGAGAAAAUUACUGAAUCAGCUGGGAGACUUGCAACACCACCCUCCUCCAUUAGGAAUUUUGGCGUAGCUAGUCCUAAUACUAUGGUAAGUCCAGCUAAUACAUCUGGAAAUACAAGGAGCACGCCAUUGAGGCCUGUGAGGAUGUCUCCAGGCUCCCAAAAAUUUACCACUCCACCUAAGAAAGGAGAUGGCGAACUUCCUCUGUCAAUGUCUAUGGAAGAGGCUAUUGAAACUUUUAAGCAUUUGGGUAUCUAUCCUCAAAUUGAGCAAUGGCGUGACCACCUCAGGCAAUGGUUUUCAACAGUUCUGCUCAAACCUCUUCUUAACAAGAUUGAAACCAGCCACAUUCAGGUAAUGCAUACAGCCGCUAAGCUUGGUAUCUCAGUAGCAAUUAGUCAAGUUGGAAGUGAUUCACCAGCGAGUGGAACUCCGGCUACUAUAUCUUCAAUGGAUAGGAAGGAAUGGCAACCGGCUUUUUCACUUGAUGAAGAUGGCCUUCUCUAUCAAUUACGUGCUACUCUUAUGCAAACUCUCGAUGCUUCUAAGCCUAAGCUACCUAUGGCCACACUGCAACAAUCUCCGCAGCAAAAUCCGAUGAUUCCUAUAAUGCAGGAGUGUGUGGAUGCCAUCAAUGAACACCAAAGGCUUCAUGCCUUGAUGAAAGGGGAAUGGUCUAGAGGUUUGUUACCACAUAGCAAUGUUCCAGAGGACUAUAUGGUACAAAGGAUACAAGAACUUGCUGAAGGAACCUGCUUGAAGAAUUAUGAGUAUAUGGGAGGUGGAGAGGUCUAUGCCAAGAAGAAGAAGAUGUGGAAUCUUGAGCUUCCGACAGAUUCUCACUUACUGUUAUACUUAUUUUGUGCUUUUCUUGAGCACCCUAAGUGGAUGCUUCAUGUAGAUCCUGCAUCUUAUGCUGAAGAGCAGUCUAGUAAAAACCCUUUAUUCUUGGGGGUUUUGCCUCCAAAAGAAAGGUUCCCUGAGAAAUACAUUUCCGUCAUAUCUGGUAUUCCUCCUUCAACUCUUCACCCAGGAGCUUGUGUGCUGGUUGUAGGAAGGCAAAGCCCUCCGCUCUUUGCGUUGUACUGGGAUAAGAAACUCCAGUUCUCUCUUCAGGGAAGAACAGCAUUAUGGGAUACCGUCUUGCUUUUGUGCCACAGGAUCAAGGUAGGAUACGGAAGCAUAGUUCGAGGUAUGCAUCUUGGUUCGUCAGCCUUAAAUAUCCUCCCACUUCUCGAGUCAGAAACUGAGGAGUGACUGUUUAUCAAAACUUGCUGCAUCGUGGAUAUCGGCUCUCAUCUCAAUGUACCAAACAACUCGCUGCACCGGAAAUCUUGCUGGAGGGCUGCUAAAUGAUUUUGGCAGUGAAUUUUCUCACUGGUUCAACCUAUGCACUAGUGAUGUGGUAGCAGUCAUCGGAGUUUUAGGAGAUGGGUGUGAUCGGCGCCAAAGAAUUAAGCAAAAUUCUUGCAAAUUGUACUAAUUUACAACUUUUUGACUUUGAUUUUCAACCACCUUAGUUGUUUUGAAGGUGGCAAAAGUAGAACAAAAAAUAACAUUUUUGUAGAUUAUGGAAGCUAAUGUUGUUAUCCUAAA